GCAGCACCUGCCCAAAGUUCUGGCCCCCCAGGAGUAUCUGGGCAUGUGGGUGUCCCUAGGGUUCUCGGCACUGGGUGCUGUCCUGGGGGAACCAGCACUCCAUCAUCUAGGUCGCUGCCCUCAAGGACUAACAGUAACAGAGACAUAGAAGGUGGGAGAACAAGCAGACAGGUUAUUUUUCAGAACAGGGUGACUCGAGGUAUCCAGGGAGGCACCAGGGACCAAGUCCUGGCCUGCAGUGUGGAGUCAGGCCCCUAGAAGGCCCGCUCUCGCCCCGUGGCUCCUGCUGGCCCAGAGUGGUGCCGGGAAGGUUUUAACUGGCCAGCUCCUACUGGGUCACGGUCAGAGACAACACCCACAGGUAUGGCCUCAGUGUCCAGCCGCUGCCGCGGGAGCCCUGACCCAGCAGUCCUCAGCCUCAGUCCCUUCUGUCGGUGCAGGGUCCAGAACUGCCGGCCCGACUUGGGGGCGCCGCGGAGGUCUUUGGGGACGUCCCUCCGCGUGUCACCUAGGCCACAGCUUCGCGGACCUUAGCCUGUGGGUCACUACGGACAAGAUCGAGGCAGCCAAUCAGAACCACGGUUCCAGGGACGCAGUCCGCGCAGGCGCGGCGGGGCUUCCGCUCCGGGCGGCCACGCUUCCGGCUGAGCGGAUGGCCUUGGUUAGGGCCACGCUCCGUGCCUCUCCGGUGGCCGCCCGCGCCCGGCCACCGCCCGCGUCCCGCUCCGCCGCCAUGGAGGCCGCGCCGCGCUGGCUGGCGGGGUUGCGCUUCGACAACCAGGCCCUGCGCGCGCUGCCUGUGGAGACGCCGCCGCCCGGCCCAGAGGGCGCCCCGUCCGUGCCGCGGCCUGUGCCCGGGGCCUGCUUCAGCCGCGCGCGCCCCACCCCGCUGCGGGAGCCGCGCGUUGUGGCGCUGUCGAGCCGCGCACUGGCGCUGCUGGGGCUGCCUGAGCCUGACGCGGACGCCGAGGCCGAGGCCGCGCUCUUCUUCAGCGGCAACGCGCUGCUGCCAGGCGCCGAGCCCGCCGCGCACUGCUACUGCGGCCACCAGUUUGGUCAGUUCGCCGGGCAGCUGGGCGACGGCGCCGCCAUGUACCUGGGCGAGGUGUGCACGGCGACGGGGGAGCGCUGGGAGCUGCAGCUCAAGGGCGCCGGCCCCACGGCCUUCUCCAGACAGGCCGAUGGUCGCAAAGUCCUGAGGUCGAGCAUCCGCGAGUUCCUGUGCAGCGAGGCCAUGUUCCACCUGGGGAUCCCCACCACCCGGGCUGGGGCCUGCGUCACAUCCAAGUCCACAGUGAUUCGAGACGUAUUCUAUGAUGGUAAUCCAAAAUAUGAAAAGUGCACAGUUGUGUUGCGUAUAGCUCCUACUUUCAUAAGGUUUGGAUCCUUUGAGAUCUUUAAGCCGGCUGAUGAGCACACAGGGCGUGCAGGGCCCAGCGUGGAGCGGAAUGACAUCCGAGUCCAGCUGCUCGAUUAUGUGAUCAGCUCUUUCUACCCUGAAAUCCAGGCUACCCACACCUUCGACAGUGACCGUGUGCCAAGGAAUGCUGCCUUCUUCCGGGAGGUCACGAGACGCACAGCCCGGAUGGUGGCUGAGUGGCAGUGUGUGGGCUUCUGCCAUGGUGUGCUGAACACCGACAACAUGAGCAUCAUGGGGCUUACCAUGGACUAUGGGCCCUUCGGCUUCCUGGACAGGUAUGACCCUGACCAUGUGUGCAAUGCCUCUGACAACGCUGGGCGCUACACAUACAGCAAGCAGCCUGAGGUGUGCAAGUGGAACCUGCAGAAGCUGGCUGAGGCGCUGGAGCCCGAGCUGCCCCUUGUCCUGGGCAGGGCCAUUGUGGCCGAGGAGUUUGACACUGAAUUCCAGAAGCACUACCUGCAGAAGAUGCGUAGGAAGCUGGGCCUCGUGCGGGGCGAACAGGAGGAAGACAGUGCACUGGUAGCCAAGCUCCUAGAGACCAUGCACCUGACUGGGGCCGACUUCACCAACACCUUCUGCUUGCUGAGCUCCUUCCCACCUGAGCCAGAGGCACCAGGCCUGGCUGAGUUCCUGAGUGUGCUGGCCUCACAGUGUGCCUCCCUAGAAGAGCUGCGGCUCGCCUUUCGGCCCCAGAUGGACCCGCGGAUGUGCUGCCCUAUGUGCCAUGAGACAAUGAAGAAGCCACAGCUCUUUGCGCUCAUCGGCACCCAGGCCAACGUCACCAAGGAGCUGGAGCGUGUAGACCACCAGUCUCAGCUGCAGCACCUGACCUCGGAGGAGCUACAGAGUCGCAACAGCACCCACUGGGCUGCCUGGCUGCGAGACUACAGAGCCCGGCUGGACAAGGACAGGGGAGACGCUGGUGACACUGCCACCUGGCAAGCAGAGCGCACACGUGUGAUGCAUGCCAGCAACCCCAAGUAUGUCCUGCGGAACUACAUUGCACAGAAUGCCAUCGAGGCUGCUGAAAACGGGGACUUCUCAGAGGUCCGGCAGGUGCUGAAGCUACUGGAGUCUCCUUACUGCCAGGAGGGGGAGCUUGCUGAGGCCCCCAAGGCCACAGGCCCUGAUGGGGCUGCCACAGUAGCCAGCAGGCGGCCAUCCUACAGCAGCAAACCCCCACUCUGGGCAGCUGAGCUCUGUGUGACAUGAUCCUCGUAGCAGCCUGGGGUCCUCCACACCCCAGGAGUCUCCUGAGGCCACAUGCACUGCUGAGACUGCGGCCGCCCACGCGCUCUUCAUGACGGCAGAGACGUCUAGUCAGGACCUGACCUGUUUCUGUCCGAUGCUACCUCAGCAGUGCUACCCUGAUCCAGUAGCCACAAGGACUAAGGCCCCACCAAGUGCUUGUAGGUGACAGAGGGCACAAGGCCACCCCUCUUUCUCCGUGCUCCCCAAAUAAAGCAGCUUCCUCAGCCUG